GAGAGAGAGAGAGAAAGAGAGAGCAUCCUGGAGAGAGAGAUAGAAAAGAGGGUGAUAAGGCAACAUUCCUAACCUCCUGUCAGUGAGAGAGAGCAGCACAGAGGACAGCAGAGGAGCCUCCCAACCAACCCAGGUCCUCCACAGUCCCUCCUAGUCUUCACUUUGUUCCACAUCCAGAAGAGGACCCGUUACACUAUGCUGUGCUACCUCUCCUGUGAAUCCUACCCGUACUGCUCGUUGCCGUGCUCUCCUGUGAAUCCUACCCGUACUGCUCGUUGCCGUGCUCUUCUGUGAAUCCUACCCGUACUGCUCGUUGCCGUGCUCUUCUGUGAACUCUACCCGUACUGCUCGUUGCCGUGCUCUUCUGUUCAAUAACAACUCUACUGCUGCUUCGUCCUACACCAGCUGUUGACAGCCAGACCAACGUCGACUAGUCAGCUACUCCACGACCCCAUCACUGCACUGGGCAGCCACACCACUUCCUCCUCACUGCACUGGGCAGCCACACCACUUCCUCCUCACUGCACUGGGCAGCCACACCACUUCCUCCUCACUGCACUUCCCUCAAGCAGUACACGCUGUCUGAGAAGAACCCUGGUGGACGGUGGGUCAGUGAAUCUCAUCAGGUAACUUCCUGUUUUCAGACGGUGGGUCAGUGAAUCUCAUCAGGUAACUUCCUGUUUUCAGACGGUGGGUCAGUGAAUCUCAUCAGAGAUGAAGAUACAGACCACUCCCACCAUGGACAUGGACGCCCUGACGUCCAUCCUGUCCAACGCUUCUUCAGAGAGUAGCUGUGCUCCUGUAGAUAACACUGUGGAGAACAUGGUGUUUGGAGGUUACUACAUUCUGGUGUUUCUCCUGGCGCUCAAUGGUAACGCCUUGGCCCUCUGGAUCUUCUCCCGGCAGCGUGGCACAUCCUCUCCCGCUAACGUCUUCCUGCUGCACCUGGCUGUGGCCGACCUCUCCUACGUCAUAAUCCUGCCUCUCCGCGCCACAUAUCACCUCACGGGGGGCCACUGGCCGUUCGGCGAGGUUCCGUGUCGAGUCGCCGGCUUCCUGUUUUAUGUUAACAUGUACGCGAGUCUCUACUUCUUGGCGUGCGUGGCUGGGGAUCGCUACCUGGCCGUGGUGCACGCCGUGAGGUCACUGAAGAUCCGCCGUGCCCGCUACGCCCACACCAUCAGUUUUUCUCUGUGGGUGCUGGUCACCGUCUCCAUGGCGCCCCUGCUGGUCACCCGCCAGACUGCGGAGGUGGACGGGAUGACGGUGUGUCUGCAGCUGUACAGGGAGAAAGCCUCCCGCAAGGCCCUCGUCUCUUUAGCCGUAGCCUUCACCCCUCCUUUCCUCUCCACACUGACCUGCUACCUGCUCAUCAUCCACAGCCUGAGGAGAGGAUCCCGACUGGAGCCCCAGCUGAAGCUGCGAGCCCUGAGGACCAUCGGCCUGGUCAUGCUGAUCUAUGUGGUGUGCUUCCUGCCGUACCACGCCUCCAGAGCCACGUUCAUCCUGGGGUACGCCCACCCAGAUGUCUCCUGCCAGACCAGGCGGGGUCUGUCCCUGGCCAACCGCGUCACCUCCUCCCUCACCUGUCUGAACGGGGGCCUGGAUCCUCUGGUGUACCUGUUUGGGGCCGAGAAGUUCCGGGGAACGGUGAGGAGGCUGUUCUUUAGAGACAGGGCCGGGGGAUCAGGGGCCACCAGUGCAGGAGAGCUGAAGGGAACACACGAGAGCUCUGUCAGCGCCAAGUCUGAGUUCUGAGAAGCUGGAGGUGGAACCAUCUGAAAUAUCAACUUUAUCUGACAGACUUAUUUUUAAGUCAUUUUUUAAAUACAUUUUUCUACCUGUUUUCACUAAAGCCUCUCAAUACUUAUUUUAUACUGCCUCUCCUGUCCAUAUGAGACUGUAUCUUUGUUCUCUACUGCCUCUCCUGUCCAUAUGAGACUGUAUCUUUGUUUUAUACUGCCUCUCCUGUCCAUAUGAGACUGUAUCUUUGACUUUAACUUUGUCUUUGAAAUCAAUUAGAGUUUGUUUCAUUAUCAUGUCCCUUCAGUUGCAACUGUUUUCAACCCUGCCAAAGUGCUGGUAAAGACCAAAUCAAUGGAUGCAAUCCCAGCUGUAAUUCUAGUUGUACAGUAUUUUGCGUAAAACUGUUUUUUUUUAAAGGGGGGGGGAUGCAUGCCUUUUCAUCUUAGUAGGUCUUGAUCUGUUAACUCUUUACAAUCGUGCUUAGUAAUGCCUAACAUGCUUUUGGGCAAGGUUAUUAUUACGUUAAUACAAUCUUAUUCUCACUAAUUAAAGUGUAUCUUCAAUGUUUCCCGCCAAGUUAAUUCACGAUACAAUCAAAAUGUAUUUUCCUCAUGUAAUCUCCAUUAAUGUUUCCUUGUCGUCCUAUUACCAAAAACACAAAACAAAGUAAUCUCCAUUAACGUUUCCUUGUCGUCCUAUUACCAAAAACACAAAACAAAAAAAUGUAGCCAUUCAUUUCAAAAUUAUAUAUUGGAUAAAUCUCUUCCCGACUUUCUAGCAAAACGUUAUGUUUGACACUGAGGUUAGUCAUCAGUGUCUUCAAAUGUAUGUGUUUAGACAUGAGUUUGCAAGCUUGUUUGUUUACAAACCACUGUUUCCUCAAUGCAUUGUAAUUGCUAUGCAUCCUGACAUAACAUUUGAUAUAUUGCAGAACGGGAUCUAUAGAGCUUCAUAUGAUAUCAUAGAGCCCAGGCUGAGCAAUGAGCCAACUGUUCUCACCUAAAAUAUCUCAUGGCCUUUCUGUUAUUUAUACAUUUGACUGUAUCUUCACUUUAGAACUGUAAAUUAAUAAAUUGUUACAUAUAUAUAUA